UCGCUUUGGGACACACGACGUAUGCCUCAACAUUUCCAUCAGAUCUGCUGGAACUUCAACUUACAGCACAGUCAGCUGGGUGCUUUACUUUAAGCCCAGCGUCAGAGGAAGAUUCCUGAAGUGCGGGUCUAAUUAUGAGAAGUAUUUAGUUGCAUCGUGUAAAAGUUCGUUAUCAAGUUGCGGGACGUUUGAUUGACUGCAUUAGUACGUGUCGGGUCCGCGCGGCGCUAGUGUCGGCAAGCGGCAGUCGGCGCGUCACUCCGGCCGCGGCCCGCGACGCGACCGCAUGCGCCCCGCGUUUUUAUCUCGCGUAAACAAACCACGAAACACGCGUCGAAACCCUUCCCGGCCGCGCACGAUCACGACAAGUGCCAAAAUUCAGUGUCCAGUCAACUUAGUGCCAGUUUAUGAGUGAAGUGAACACGACCCGCGCACGUACGACUUAUUUGCCCAAACGUCCGACACCGUCGCGGCCCAUCUGUUCAAAUACGGUUGAUUUGUUUAAGUUUCCUAUUGAUGGAUUGGAAAAAGGUUCAACGACUUCUAGUCCUGUGUUUGAUGUGUAAAAGAAUUCGUUUCACGUAUGCAGAAAACAAAUAGAAGUCAGAAAACAAAGGCCAUACGAGAAGCGCUCGAGUGGCACCCACUGCUUGCUCAGGUGCCGCCCGUGGCAGGUGGACAUUGUCUGUCAACGUAUUAGAAUAUUCAUAGGAAAAGACGGUUCUGUGAUAAUUAUGGCGUAGUAUUUGGAGCAACAUGAGAGGGAGUAAGAGUGGUGUUGGGUGGAGCGAAUAGAGAUGCGCUCCAAGCAGCAGCCGCGACCCGCCUACCGCUGGCUCAACUCUAAUGAGAACGAGGAGGAGAACAGUGCAGAAGGCGGUGUGAAGGAUCGUAGCGAGGGCGGGGAGGGGCCCGACCGUGAAGGUGACGCAUCCAGGUCAGCGUCGCCGGAAUCCAGGGCCUCUCCCGCGCCGGACGACAGAGACGACAUUGAGCACAGCAUCCCGGCAACCCUGAUACAGGAUCCCAAUGUUGAGAGGGAGAGCCCGAGAUGUCUUUCGCGGGAGUCGUCGGGUGCGCCGCGAUGUCCCUCCAAUGACUCGGUGUACUCCGGACGUAGCGGGGCUGGCCUUCCUCUGCCCGCCGCGCUCACCGCCGCUCUACCAGCCGCACUGCUUCCACCUCACUCAGCAGCGGUCGCCGCGUACCUCGGCGCAGCAGCCGCAGCCGCCGCCCAGCAACGUUUGCUCAUGUCCUGCCACGAGGACCUCACUGACCCCGAACGUGCAGAUGCCGUACUUGACUUUAGCACAAAACGUAGCGACUCGCCCCACGACGACGAGGAUAUAGAGGAUGCCGUCAACCUCAGCAAAAACGAAAACGGUCCUCUGGACCUUUCGGUUGGGACGAGAAAAAGGGGACCAGAAGACUCGCCUUCACCUGUUCCCAUUAGAAAAAGUUCUAGACCUGCAGAGUACAAACCAACCCCGUCUCCGUGGUCUACGCCUGUCGCCCCUCAUUUACCUUAUUUUGCCGCUGCAGUUGCUGCUGCCAGUCUGUCGCCUAAAGGAGGUGUUCCUGCUGACUGGAAUGGUAAACUGAAGCACGGCGGCCCUACACCGAACGACGCAACUAAAGCAUUAGAAAAAAUGAGUGAACUUAGCAGACUCGGUGGGGAAGAACUCUUCCGAUCAGUACAAACAGCUGCUUUAGGUGCCGGCUUGGCUCCGAACGCAGCCGCCAGACAUUCGGCUUGGCAAUCUCAUUGGCUCAACAAAGGAGCGGAUCAAACGAAAGAUGUACUUAAAUGUGUGUGGUGUAAGAAGAGCUUCAAUUCUCUAGCAGAUCUUACAGUUCACAUGAAAGAGGCCAAGCAUUGUGGUGUAAAUGUGCCAGUGCCACCAUCUACAGGUGCACCGAUCCCACCAUCCUUACAAACUCCCACUAGUUCACCAUCGACUCCAUCGCACAAUUCAUCUUCUUCUAGCGGUUCUUCGAAACCGUCACAAAGCGAUUUAAAUAUGUUAAUUAAAGAAAACAUGCCGAUUCCUAGAAAGCUAGUUAGGGGUCAGGACGUUUGGUUAGGUAAAGGCGCUGAGCAAACUAGGCAAAUAUUGAAAUGUAUGUGGUGUGCAGAAAGUUUUCGUUCUUUAGCUGAGAUGACGAGUCACAUGCAACGCACUCAGCAUUAUACGAAUAUUAUUUCUCAAGAGCAAAUUAUUUCAUGGAAAUCAUCUGAAGACGGAAAGGGCUCCAACGCAAGCGGUCCGGGUACUAAUAAUUCAGUUCCACCUACUACGGGCACCAGUAGUCACGUCAGCGCCGUUCUCACUUGUAAAGUUUGCGAUCAAGCAUUCAGUUCAUUGAAAGAACUAAGUAAUCACAUGGUCAAGAACUCUCAUUACAAGGAACACAUAAUGCGAUCGAUUACCGAAAGUGGAGGUAGACGACGCCAGACUCGUGAGAAGCGAAAGAAAUCAUUGCCAGUCAGGAAACUCCUUGAAUUAGAAAGAGCCCAGCAUGAAUUUAAAAACGGAGACGGUAACGGCGUGCCUAUGGGUAAACCAAUUCGUGAUUAUGGCACCGGAAGCCGCAUCACGUGUGAGAAAUGUGGGGACAAAAUCGAGACCGCAGUAUUUGUGGAGCACAUUAGGCAGUGUAUCGGAGCACCGGUUUCUAACAGUCAAAGGAAUUUUCUGAAGAGCGCAUUAAUGUCGAACAACAUAAUUCCUCCAGACGUGCCGGGACACAUUACCCCCACCAGCCGUGAUGGACGCAAAAGCAUCAACGAAGAACUGCCUUCCCCUGGGUCCGCACACCACCGAUCUCCUUCGUCGGUUAAUGAUUCAUCUCCCUGUUCCAAAGAUCCCAAUGUGAACAUGGACAAGAGCUCAUCACCAUCGGUACUUAACGCCAUAGAACAGCUGAUUGAGAAGAGUUUUGACACUCGAUCACGACAUUCAGUACCGGGAAUGCCCGGAGGCGCAUCUCACGCUCCGAUAGGAUCAAGUAUCCUUAAGCGCUUGGGCAUAGACGAAAGCGUUGAUUAUACAAAACCUUUGGUUGAUGCUCAAACAAUGAACAUGCUCAGAAACUAUCACCAGCAGUCCGGUUAUGGACGGCGAGAGCGCAGCGGUAGCGAAUCUAGUUCUAUGUCUGAAAGAGGUGGCAGCAGGGUUGAGUCUCUCACACCCGAUAGAAAGCUAGAUUCAUAUCACAUGACACCACGCACCACUCCUGAUACUCGCGGCUCACAGACUCCAGCUUCCGAAGAUCGACAUGAAAUACGGAUAAAAAAAGAAGUAGACGAAGAGGAUCAACGAGAAAACGGCGUAGAUUUGAGUAAUCAACCAGUGCGGGUGAAGACUGAGAUGGAAGAAGAAGAGGAACCUCUACGACCAAGGAGCUCUACGGAAGAAGAUAUCAAACCAGUCGUACCCAAACGCGAGAGCGAGGGUCCCAGCCCAGCCGCUAGCCCCCGCAGUCCGUCCAGUGAUCGCUCAGGCAACACUCCGGGUGCUGAUAGGAAACCGGCUUCUAGUUUAGGGGCUCUUUCCUCUAUGUUCGAUAAUCUUGCGGGAGGCGGACCGUCUAAUGAGCCAAGUUCUUCCCGGCGCGGUGGCAGCCAUCCUCUGGCCGCACUACAAAAGCUGUGCGACAAGACCGAGAACACACCGGCACGUGCAUCUGCGCCGGCGCAAUCUCCGGCCGGGCCGCCCAGCAUCCUCACCUUCAGCUGGGCCUGCAACGAUGCCGUCGUCACAGAUUCCGUUAUGAAGUGUGCGCUGUGCGAUACUCCAUUCAUUUCGAAGGGUGCAUAUCGCCACCACUUAUCGAAAAUGCACUUUGUGAAGGACGGUGCCUUGCCGGAGCCGGUGCCUCUGAAGGCGGGGUCGCCGGCGCCGCACAAGCCUGGCUCGGCGGCUGGCUCCCCGCAGGACCCCCGCAGCCCCGCGCAGACCUUCGACGAGAGCCCGCACUCCAAGUUCCUCAAGUACACGGAACUGGCCAAGCAGCUCUCCAGCAAGUACGUGUGAGGCCGCCGCGUCCCUCCCCCCGUUCGUACCAUAUCUUGCUACGUUAAACCUUGCUAGGGUUAGGUCGCCGAGUGUUUCGAAACUCUUUGCCAAUUUAAUUAUUUAGGUAAUUAUCUUUAGAUCACCGCAGCGUUCGGUUAGUGUAAUUAAAGACUAGCGACUAAGUAUACGCCAAACGUGUUACGUUCGUAUUAGAUUUUAAGAUGAUAUUUUCAAAAUAUUGCCUUUAGGUGAUCGGUCGCCGGCCCCAGCGCCCGCGGCUUCUCUUCCACACUACUUGUAAUUCCAUUUCGAUAAUUGUAAAUAUAAGUCACGGUAAGUCAUUAAAUGUUCGAUUCGAUCUCUUUGUAAAUGUAUAUUUUUUGCUAAUAACUCUAAACAAAAAACGUGGUAAAAAUAAUUACUUUUGUAAUUUUGAUUGCGAAUCGCCUUGCGUGUGAUCGAUCGAGGACUCUACAGGACGUGGCGGCAUUGAAUUUCAGUAUUUUAAUGGAGAAAAAAAAAACGUUGCAAUAUAAUUUUAUUUCGUGUUACUUAAUUAUGUUUUAUGUAAAUCUGAUUAUAGUUUUAAUGCGUCUCUUAGUUUAUGUAUAUUUUGAUAUGUUUUUUUUUUUGGUAAUUUUCUAAUGUUUGAUUGUGAAUAAGGGAUUCCCGCGCUGCCUAUAAUCUCGGAGAUCCAAUCUCAUCAUUCAGUUACGAUGUACAUACUAUAUACAGUAUACAAUAUAGGUUGCAAUAUACAUUAUAAAUCUCCUUAGUGUAAAUUUUGCUGUAGUUCGCUGUCACUGCGAAGAUGCUAUUUAUUACGUAGUGUUAAGUAUAAUAUAAGGCGACUUCGUCUGUGAACACUUGUAUACCAUUAUAUCAGCGCACGGUUGUAUUUCCAACCGUAUAUUUAAAAAAAAAGGUGAUAAUAUUCGUUAUACAGUCAUUUUUCUUUGUAAAGAAGCGACUACAAAUCAUGUAUACGUUCAGAUGUACUGAGAAAUAUCUUCCAAUAUAACGAAAAGCUAUACGAUUAUGUAUAUACGGUAAUUUUGAGUGAAACAAAACUCUUUUAUAUUUAAUAAUAAUAAUAUUAAUAAUAAAUAAUGUAAACUGUCUAUUAUGUAAGUUUCAGAGAUAUCAGUAACUGGAACUAAUUAAAAUUAAAUCAAUUUUUGUAAUAUCAUUUAUUUUUAAAAUUAUUUUGUGUUCGAAAGACAUUUAUUUAUUUUUAAUUCAGAAUUUCGAAUUUUAAAUUUUGUUUUCUUGCUGAACAAAUUUUCACCUGUCCAAGUCUAAUUUUAAUUUUAAAUGACGUUACGAAAAUUGAAUUAAUGGCAAUGAAUGAAAAUGAAAUAAAAAACUGAUAAUCAUUUUAACCUUAACAAUGGAAUCAUACGAAAAAAUAUGUAUACGCUAGCUCUGACGAAGAGACUUUUUGCUCAUUCUUAAAAAUGGUGUUGAAAUAAAUAAAUAAAAAAAAAUGAUUUACCAAAUUUAAUAAUCUUAUUUAAUAUUUUAUGUUGUAUUUCAAAAUGCAAUUAAAAGCUCAAAGAAAUAUAUAUGUUAAAUACUUUAAAA